AUGACCUUGCUGGCCUUUGCUUUCGUUAGUUUAGUGCAGUACGAUGCCGGCCAUGGGGCUGAUCAUUAUGAUCCUGGUUCUGUUAGUGGUCUACGAUCUAGUCCCUGGUUGGUGAUUGGUCUGCUGUUGUUGUUGUUGGUCAUGAUGCUCAUGGUGAUUGUGAUCUUGGUCUUGGUAGUUCUUAGCUUGCUACUUCUUUCUCACUUUUGCAUUCGGGAUCUGGGUAUUGACAAAGAGGGGCGCCACGGUAGGACGGCUAUGGACAGUUGCAAGAACACUCACGCAUUCCUCGCAGGAAUAGUUACGCAUUCUAGCACUGUAGACGAGGAAACAGGCUGCAGAACUCGCCGGGUCGUACCUUUGAAUCGGUUCAAUUGUACCCACUACUCUACACGAGUAGUUUUUCUUUGAUUUUCGUUCCGUCGUUCCUAGGGAGGACUCGUGUUGGCAAUAUGGCUAUCCUAUCCAGCGCCGUAAACUCCUCUAAAAAGUGGUCGUCGAGUUGGAGUGAGACGCAUUCACAAGUACUUCCAAUCCAUGCUUUCUCUGCUCCCACUCAAGCUGGUGCGUCGAACAAACUCGAAAAAUUUGCAAUUUCGUGCAAUGUCAUGUUUUUAGUCAAAGGCCGCUAUAAU